AUGGACUCGCAGGAAACCGCGAACAGUGUAACCGAGCCUGCUUCGGGUCACGGAGAAACUAUGGUGAAGCCAAACGUUCCUUUACCACCGCAAGGAUUUCAGGCGCGACCGCAAGGUCCUCCUCCUCCGAGAAAUUCGAUAAAUAAUGGUCCCAUAGGCGCACCUCGACCGGGACCACCGUUACGACGUUUGGACAGCCGUUCCUCCCUAGGUCCACCGCCAGCCUCGGGUCAGUUCGUGCAGCUUAGGCCCUACGGUCCGCCAAGACCACCGGGGGGCUCUUUUCCUCCGAGGCCGCCGCAACCCGGACAGCUGCCUCCGCAACCCGGUCAGCUGCCUCCGCAGAAUCCGCUGCUACCUCCGAAUCAACGUUUCGUGUAUUCCCCGGGGAUACGAGGUCCCUCGCCGCCGCAAGGAGCAGGAGGCCAACGGCCACCCUUCAUCGUUAAUCAGCAGGCGUAUCAGGCGCAGCAGCAGCAGCAGCAGCAGCAGCAGCAGCAGCAGCAGCAACAGCAACAGCGAAUCGGCAACGAUCCACGAUUUCAGCGACCAGACGUCGCGCCUCCGCAAAACGAGCCGCGACGACCCAGCCAGGAAUCCGUUUUCCCGCGGCCGUUGCUGAGAAAUGACUCGUUGCUGAGCCUGCAGCGGCAGCACCUUUUGUCAAACGAAGAACUCAAGCAACCGCCCCGACCGCGUAUCGUCAUCGAGAAGAUGGCGGACAUCAGUGAAAGCGGAGCCGGUAAACCGGAGGGUUAUCUGCAGCGAAAGAGGCCCGACGUUCGCGAGAACGGCGAGAACGACGACGACGACGACGUCGUGAUGGACGACAAGAAGUCGCCGCGACACAAUGGCGACGGUGCCCCUCCCGAGGGACUGAUAAACGGCUCCAAGUCGCCUUCGACUCCGAGGAGACUCGACGACGUCGGCAGACCGGGCACGGCCACUGUCGAAAGUAAGGUGGAAAAAAUGGAUGACAAGCAAGACGUACCUUCAAGACCAAUUUCUGCCAACAUCGACAAUACGGCGACGCUCGUUUCUCAAACUAGACCUUCCUCCGCAGUGAACAACGAUAAAGAGGAGAAAAAUGAGGAGGAAAAGCUCGCCGGCAGACUGCCGUCGGACAGAGAGAUUAACGCUGCGUCCGAAGAACCGAGGAAGCCCGGCAGCCCGUACGACGCGCAGAAUGUCGAGCAGAGCUUGAAGACUCCUCCGAAAUCCUCGGACACUUCGCGAUCCGCCACCCCGUCCUACCUCGACACGCUUCGGAACGCGGAACCGAAUAGGAGUCCGGACAAAUCGCGUUCCGGCACGCCGGCCCGACUGGAGCCACCCGGAGACGCGGAACGAGAGUCGAGGAGUCCGGUCAAGACGCCGGAUAAGUCGCGCGCGAGCACUCCCGGGGCCGGCCUGGAGUCGCCCGGAAGCGCGGAGCAGGAUAAGUCGCGUGCGAGUACCCCGGCCUCGCAGUCGGUCUCGCCGAAUGCGGAAAGAGAGCCGGAAGCUGCGGCGAGAACGCCCAGCAGACCGCGUUCGAGCGCGCCUCAAUCCGGAGUGGAAUCGAGCAGCGACAGGGUUUCCGUCCAACCGGACAAAUCCGCCGAGGGCACUCCGCGGAUGAGGGAGCCCGGCAGACCGGCGUCGUCGUUGAGUUUGGCGAGCGAGAGAGGCGGCAGGUCGCCGAGGUCGCCGCGCUCGCCCACGACGCCGAAUCGAGACAAGCUGUCGGCUUCACCCGAAGGUGUCAAGGGCUACGAUAACGGACAGCAGAGAACGCUGUCUUCGAGCAGCAGCCCCCGAUUACCGAAACAGACGGAGGACGGAAAAAAGAGAACGUCCUUCGUCGAAGACUCGGUUAUCGCCGAAAAAAUAAGCAAGACGGAAGUAACGAAGCCCACUACUCUAAUGGUGAAAACUCCACGUGCGCAAACACCGGCGAGACCGGACGACGAGAAGAGAGCUGCGGAGAGAAAAGCGGUCCAAAACGGCAGAGCGAGAGAAUCGGUUAGCGGGGCGAGUACGGAUGGAGGCGAGUACGGUGACAAAAGAUCGAACGCUGGGUCGCCUACGAAAUCCGCUAAAUCACUACCGCGGACUCCCGACACACCUACGUCGAGCUCUCAAGAUAAAAAAAAGGUGCCGAUGAACAAAGUUCAAGUCGGCGCCGCGCCCUCGCCGAACCUGAAGACUGUACGAUCGAAGAUCGGUUCCUUAGACAACGCGAGUUACAAGCCGGGCGGCGGUAAAAUAAAAAUCGAGAACAGGAAGCUCGACUUCGGCAGCAAAGCGCAGCCGAAGAUCGCCGCGAAGAACGAGAAAUACGCGCCCAGCGGCGGCGACAAAAAGAUCUCCCAAGUGAAACUCCAAUGGAACGCCAAGUCCAAAAUAGGCUCCUUGGACAAUGCGACUUACAAACCGGGCGGCGGCGACAAGAAAAUCGAAACGGUAAAACUCGACUUCAAGGACAAAGCAAAGCCAAAAGUCGGAUCCAAAGACAACGCGAAGCAUAUUCCCGGUGGCGGCACUGUCAAGUCCGCAACUUCGCCAAAGACACCGCAGGAGACGAAGAACGACAUCCCGAUGCAAAAAGUAGACAUCAAGGCCGAAAGCAAGAUCGGUUCGUUGGAUAACGUGAAGCACAAGCCGGGCGGCGGCGACAAAAAGAUCUUCAACGACAGAGAUUAUCUUCGGCAGUCGAGCUCCAACGUCGAGAGCGUGAACGGCAGCGGGUCCCAGAGCCCCGUGCCCUCCGGCGCGAUCACCGGCAAGAACGGCCUGCCAGCCUCGGACGAGAACCUGAACCAGGAAUGCUAGGUCACGAAAAGUCGGCCGAUAGACCCGCUUUAAUUAUAUCAUUUGCAUGUGAUUAAUCACGUUUAUCCAUCUUACCACCUUCCCCCUUUGGAGGACAAACGAGCGAACUGUCCUCGCGCGAUCGAGAAAAACACUGAGGCGCACGGAAUCUUCUCGAAAAAGAAAAGGGAGCACCGCGAUCGAUAUCUCUCGUCUACGCGAGCGAUAAAAUUUGUGCGACGGACGGGCGAAUUAAAUCGACGAGCGAGGCGAUAUACGUUAUCGCGUUGAUUCGUUAUCAGGUACGCGACGUUCCCGGGUAUCUUCAUCCCGCGUUCACCAGCAAUUUUAGUUAUAUUUAUAGAGAGAUAAAACGAAUACGUCAUCGUGCGUUGCGUGAAAACACCCUCUGUCCAUGAAAACACGUUCACAUUUACGUAACGUAAUUACGUAAGUGCGCAAAUUGUAAGGCAUAUAUAGAAGAAGCGAAAGAACUGAGAAAAAAUAUUUCACUUUGUUGUAAUAUACAUAUACAUGACAAAGAAUUGGAAAAUAUUUUCCAUGCGCAUUGGAGACUCUGUGUCUUUUUAAGCGAUAUGGCUUUCUCUGUCCAGAGAUUUCUGUCGAAUUCACCUUUACGAUUUUCUAAAUCAUUACGCGUUUCUCAUGCGCCCUCGCUACGUGAAUAUUAAGAUUUGCGAACUACCGAUUUUUGAUACGCAUUUGUGCCAUAAACGACGCUUAUCACGUACUCCAAUUCAUCUUUUUCAUACACAAAUUUAAUCUGUUUCAAUGCAUGAUAUUUAAUAACGGAGUAAUUGCUUACGAAGUUAACAAAAAAUGCGCGUGAAGAUAAUAAAUCUACCGAUAAAGAACAGGGCAGAUUAUAAAUGUCUUCAAAGCUAAAUGUCUUUAAAAGAAAAUUUGCAGACAAGAAUAUGUACUUUUUUUAAAUUUAAUUUAUAAUAUUGCUAAUCUUACAGUUAAUUUCGCGAGUGUAAAACUGUCUAUCCUUAUUACUUAAUUUAUCGCUAGUGUCUUAUUCGCUUUCGUAUCUGUAGAAGAUUCCAAUGAAAGUACAAAAAUCACACAUACACACAUAUACCCGUGCGUCGUAGUAACGCGCGCAGGAAGAACCAUCGUGUCCUCUUAGGGGGAAAUAGUCGUUAUAGACAAACGCGCGUACAUUAAUUUCCGCAUGAGGAAGUCAUAACAGCCGACAAUCCCUCAACAUCGUACGUUGCAUUUCACCGGGAGUUACGGGGGAGGGUAACGUCAUCCCGCAUAUAAUUGAAUCGCGAACGACGCGCAUCAGUUAUCGUUCCUUCGUGAUUUUUUAAACACGUGGUCGAUUCGACGAUUUCCGAAGGAGACGGAAAACUAGGCGGACAGCAAUCUCGAUCGACUGUGGACGAAUCGUAAGGGAGCCGAGCGUUGCACCGGGCGUCGAUUAAUCGUGGAUAACUCAGCUUUUUGCACCGCAUCUAUCACGCAGCUGCGGCCGCGAUACAUGAGAAAAAAAAUUCGCGAGGUCGUUAUGUCUCAGAGCUUCUACGCGCGCGGAGUUACUACCUUUACAGUUAUUCCAGGAUUGUGCUCGGUGCGACGAGAGAGACCGCGAGAAGAAAAGUGCCAGAAGAGCCGUGUAACGCCGCGCGGGUGACUCUCGCGACGCGAGACACCUGUCAGGUACAUCGGGCCGAUUAGCGAGAUUGCGUUUGACGUACGACGGGACAUAUACGAGAUAUUCGUGUAAACCUUAUUACUGUAGAUACGUAUUCAACACACAUUGCAUCCCACGACGUAUAUUAUAUAUAAGGUACCGCUGGUGUGAAAAGGAAAAGAUCAUCGGGAGACGGAUCGGGUGAUGGAGUUGAGCGCUCGUCAGCGGAGAGGAGAGAUCGAUGACGGGGAAUGCGUGCGGCUACGCUAAGAAUAAAAAUCUCUCACUUACGUCACUACACUACCUUAGGUACCUCGUGCAAUUUACACGUCGCUAAAAAGAGAGAGAGAGAGACGAAGAAGGAAGUGAAGAGGGAAAGAGAGAGAGAGGGGGAGAUAUGUAACACACAUUAUUUACACUGUAUCGCUUCCACGUGGAUUAUUAAGAGAUAAUUUCAUUCGAUUAACGUACUGCGAUAUUUCACGGAGACGGGGAAUGGUAAUUAACGUUUUAGAUCCUCCGUAAUUGUCACAAGUUACCACACUUCGUACUGAACGCAAAUAGUGUAAACGACGCGCCCGCGGCGCGCGUCCUGAUUUAGGCUCGCUCUGGAGAGGCAUUACAAUAAUAUUUUUGUUUUUAAAUUUA